UUCUUUGGUACUUUACACAGUGUGUGCCUUUUAUAAGUUUAGGGCCUUACUUGUGCAAAGCAUAAAGUUUAACUACUUAAAUGUGUUUUUCUUCUUUAUUGGCAGAAUGAAGUUUCUGUGUCCUGGAGGCCAUCAUCAGAAUAUUCCGGAAACUUAUACAAAGGUGAAGGGAUAAUUAAAGCUGCACCAAAGGAUGUCUGGGAGUGUCUAAAACCUGUGCCCGAAGGGCCAAGAGUGAAAUGGGACAAAAACGUAAAGUCAUUUGAGCUGAUUGAAAUGAUCAGUGAUGAUCUUUCUGGACAUCUUCAGACUGUGUCUGUCUGCAGGACUGUUACACCAUCAGCGGCUGUGGGCUUGAUCUCUCCGAGGGACUUUGUGGAUGUAAUUUUAAUCAAACAAUAUGAAAAUGGGACGAUAUCCUCAAAUGCUACUCAUGUGGAGCACCCUAACUGUCCCCCUAAACCUCACUAUGUGAGAGGGUUUAACCAUCCCUGUGGAUGUUUCUGUGCUCCCAUUGCAGGACUGUAGAUGUCGCUGGUAUGGCCUUCAUUGUCCUUGAGAAAGUUUAAUGAACUUCUGACCGCUUGAAAGAACUGCCAUUAAAGGGAUUCCAGGCUUUUGAUCCUCUGAUUUCGGGGAAGGAAACUAAUAUAGUAGUCAGAGGAUUAUGAAUCCAUGGAAUUCUUUACCAUAAGAGGGCUGUUGCAGUUGGUCAUUAUAUAUUCAAGACUGUUGUAGCUUUUCAGAAAACAUUCGAUAGGAUUUUAAAUAAAACCUUACCCAUAAGAGUGCAUAGAAUUGUAGUCAGCUGAUUAUGCUACCCCUGCCAAUGUGACCAGCAGCAAUGCUUUCCUCCUAUACCUCUCUAGAAAUGACAUGGAUGAACUUGCAAUUACAUUUGAUACUUAAUUUAGCUGAGAAUAAAAGGUUGCAAUGGAACUCACAAUGGUUGCAUUGAAGCUCACUGAGGGGAAGUGUAAAGUCCACCAGUUUGGAACUAAGAAAAUAUUCUCCAACAGUGAGAAACUCGGAACUGGGAACUCGAGCACCACAGCUGGCAUUUCUGUCUUUGCUGGAAGGCUCUAGGUUUGAGACCCAGCUGCAAGAUCUGCUGACUGCAAUAGAAGCCAGCAGUUGCCGACAGGCCAGCAUAUAUUACCACCAGUUCCCAAUCCAGGUAAAUAGGAGACAAUUAACUACCUGGUAAAGCUGAAGUUGCUUGCUGAGGUGAUGUGAUCAUCCAGUGUUUUGGUUCUCCAUGGAACAUAGGAAAAGCCACAAGAGAAAGCAAGAGAGAAAUGCUACACACUGGAAGAGUACAGAGAUUUACAUGUUCAAGAUAAAUCACUAAAAGCUUGGAAUGUGUCCAAAAAUUAAUUUGGAAAACAUUGAUUAUUGAACUACACUGUAAAGGGUUGAAAACUUUUAUACAACUUAACUGAGGUAAGAUUAGAGCUUUCAGCUAUGUUUUGUACUGGGCACUGCACCAUGACUUUAGUGGGGGUUCAGUACAGAUUCAUCAGAACGAUAAUGAGGCUGAACAUCAUUAAAUCAUAUGUUGCAUGGUCUUCCAUAUUCAAGACAAGACAAGAGAGGAUCCAACUGGAGUGAUUCAAAUGAUUAAAAGAAUUUGAUAGGGUAGAUAGCAACUAUUUUCUCUGGAGGGGGUGUUCUUGAGAGAUAGGAAUAAAGAUAGGCCAUUCAGCCCAUUCAAUCAGAGUGAGGCUGAUCAGAUAAUCCUCACCUCCCCUUAUCUCUCUUUCUGCUAUAACCCUUGAUUUAUUUACUGGUUAAAAAUCUGUCUAAUUCAACAUUGAAUAUAUAAUGGCCAACUGCAACAGUCCUCUUAUGGUAAAGAAUUCCAUGGAUUCAUAAUCCUCUGACAAAAGAAGUUCUUCCUCUGCCUGAAAUGUCUGCUCCCUUUCUCUGUGAUUAUACCCCCUUGGUCCUAGAGUGUCUCACAAGGUGAAACGUUUCCACAUCUGCGCUAUCAAGUUUUCAAGGAAUCUUACAAAUGGUUGUGUCCUCAAAACUAGAGCAGGCCAUCCAAUGGUGAUGUCACACACAAGAGCAGCGGAAAGCCAGCACAUUCUGUCAAAACACUUGUGAUUAAGUCAAUAGAAAGUUUCAGAUUUGAGAUAAAUGUUUCUCAAGCAUAUUAAAGGUUACAGAAUUGACAUGGAUAAAUGGAGAUUAAAAUGUGGUUGAUUAUCUUAUUUAACACCAGAACAGACAAGCUACUGAAUGAUGUACUGUUGUUCGUAUGAACCUUCUACAAUCCAGUGAAUGAGGAGAGCUAAACAAUGAUUCGACAAGGUUUAAACAGCUUCCCUUUAUUUUAAAAUUUUCAAUAACUAGUAAGUUGAUUGAUCUUUGGAUCUCUCACAGGUUCCAUUGAUAUUUUUAAAAUAUUUUAUGAUGGUUCCAGUGGAAUGGAUUGUAAGCUUUAUUUUUUCUGUCUUGGUUAUUGGUACAGAUAUCAGGGAAUAAUGAGGCUGCAUUUGAAUAAUGCCACACACCUUAUUGCUCUUCAAUCACAUAUAGGAUAGAAUUUUAUUUUGGGAAAGAUUGGGAGAAGAUCACAGCCCAAUGAUAGCCUUUGCUGCUGUAAUAUCUGUAUUUGCCUUCUGCAUUCUCAAGCUACCGAUUUUUAAUUUUCACCCAGGUUCGUAGUCUUAGAAUUUGUUUUCUACUGUUCAAGUCUAUUCUACACAAACAAGCAUUCUUAGCCACCAAACUAAUU